AUGGCAGCUGAACCGAGCUUGCGUGCCAAGUGUGUGGCCGAGUUUGUUGGCACGUUUUUGCUCAUCUUUACCGUGGUAUGCAACCUGGCCACCGGCUCUCCCUUGUUCGCAGGCUUCUCCAUCGGCACCGUACUCUUUGUGAUGAUCCAGUCCUUUGGAAAGGUUUCCGGGGGAAACUUCAACCCAGCGGUCUCGGUGGCCUUGGGCUUCACCAAAGCGAUGGGCGGCCCGGGCAUGGAGUGGAGCCAGGUGCUGAUCUACAGCGUGGUUCAGAUUGUGGGCGGCAUCGCCGCAGCUUUUGCUGCGACCCUGUUGUGCGGCAAGUCCUUUCCGGUGGCCGCCACCUCGGGGUACACGACGCUGUCGGCAGGCGUCUGUGAGUACUUCUACACCUUCAUGCUAACUUUCGUGGUGCUGAAUGUGGCCGCUGCAAAGAAGAACGCCCAGGAGAACGGCCAGUAUUAUGGCUUGGCGAUUGGCUUCACUGUCAUCGCGGGCGCUUACGGGGCAGGCUUUAUUUCUGGCGGGUGCUUCAAUCCGGCGGUCGCCAUUGCGCUGGAUGUUACCAGCAUUGACAAGGGCUUCGGCAUCUCCUUUGUGUACAUCUUGUUCGAGAUCCUGGCGGCACUCACCUCGGCAUUUAUCUUCUCGAAGAUUCGGCCGGAAGACUUCGAGAAGUCGCCAAGCACGGGAAAGGCAAGCGAGCAGUUGCUGAGCGAGUUCGUUGGCACAUUCAUGCUGGUCCUCACCGUGGCGUGCAACAUCUUCGCCCUCUCCUCGAUUGCCGCGCUCUCUAUCGCCGCCUCACUGGCCAGCAUGAUCUAUGCCACGGGAGAUGUUUCUGGGGGCCACUUCAACCCUGCUGUGAGUCUGGCAGUGUACUUGAGCGGCCGAGACACCCUCUUCACCGAGAGGAAGUGCUUCCUCUACAUGCUGGUGCAGACUCUUGCCGGCCUUCUCGCAGCCGUCAUCGCGGUGAGCACCUUCUCCACACACUCGACCUUUGGGCCAAAAGCACCCUACAGCUUGGGUCAAGCCCUGAUCGCCGAGCUGGUCUUCACCUACGUGCUUACCUUUGUGGUGCUGGCCGUGGCCGUAUCUCAGGUGACGAAGUCCACGCAGUUCUUCGGCCUGGCCAUUGGCUUCUGCGUGGUGGUUGGUGGCUUUGGCAUUGGGGGCAUCUCUGGGGGUGCGCUGAAUCCGGCGGUGGCCCUGGGCCUUGCAGUUUCAGGUGGCGGCUUGGGCAACGCUUUGGGCUACACGGGCGUCCAGCUCGUGGCCGCCGGUUUGGCCGCCAUCACCUUCAAGAUCACACACGAAGCAGACUUGGACUCGCCGGAGGCCAAGAGUUUCUCGCCUGCCUAG